GUUGAUGAUUACCCAGAAUUUUUGAGUUCACCAGAUAGAGAAACCAACCAACACAUUCGCAUCAUCUAUUCUUCCACUGGUUUGGGAAAAAAGUGUGGGAAAUCAAAGGCUGUCGGGAAGUUCCUAUUUCCUUUUCAUCACGCCAAUGCUGGCACUAGAAAGGUCAAGGAAGAGAAUGAUGCCCAUGUCUUUCAGAGACGCAAGGAGCCUAGAAGCCUGAGUGAACCCUCCUUCAGGUACAACCAGGAGAGCUACAAAGCCUUCACUGACCCAACUCCCAGCAGCCCUUCUUCAGACAUCAGCAAGCCGUGCCUUCAGGGCAGAGGUGCCUCUCGACCCUUACCUGUGCCCCCCCGGAGGAGCUGUCCGCCCACUCCAGCUGUUGGCAGGCCUGUCAGCUCGCCAUCUGGCACAGCAAACCCGAAAGAACCGCAGGAACUUCCAGAUCACAAGGGCUCCCCACGUGAAGUCGCUUGCAAGUGCGAUGGGAACAGAAAUGAGUUUCAUGUAGGAAAUUCUCUCCCAGCUUCCCCUUCGGACAGCGAUUUAAACCUAGAGAAAAAUGAGUCAGAGCUUCACUUGUAUGUCAUUUCCACAACCUCGUCUCUAUUUCUGCACUUAAAAAGUUCAUGGAACAAUUAUGUGAUAGAAGCCACUCUUUUACAAGAUCCCCUGUAUGCUGCUGCGCUCAGUGCGGUUAGAAGUCAGAAGCCAUACAGAUCUGAGGAGAAAAUUAAGCACUUCAGUCAACUGAAAUCCGAACUCUUUCUUAAAGACAAUACUUUGAGGGAGAUACUUUGUUUAGUUACGGAACUUAAAGUAGCAGCCCAGAAAAAUUUCAUUCUGAGAAGGCUUUUCUGGAAAACCAGUGACCUUUUCUAUUUCCUAGUGAACAAACUUCUGGAGCACUUGCCAGAGUCUAAGGAUAAGAGCGCACUACACAGUAAAAGCCAAAGGGCUGACGAGCUGGUGGCAUGCAUUGAAAUUAUACAGACCCUGGGACUGAUGUUCCGAGAGACAGAAAUUGAAUCCGCACGCCUGAAUACACUGGCCGCUAAGAAGGGAACACUAUUUAAUCUCCUGGUAAUUUUAAUUAGCAAACCUCAGAUUCCACAAUCUUGUCCUGGGUUUGAUAUCCAUUCGGUGGCUGAUUCAACUUUAGUUGAAAUGUCUCUUGAUGCUGAGUUACAGAAGCUUAUCCUGGAAUACACAGAUAAAGCGACCGCGCUUGUAUAUGAGAUACUUCUUGUCUUUCAGCAGGGAAAUCUUGGCUUGGGGUCGGUAACAUUUGCUAUUAGCCGGAUGAUGUCCUUUCUCCAAAGUUGUCCUCCCAUAGUUACGUUUGUGGCCGGUAUUGUGAAACGCGUGGCGAAGGGGCUCUCGGCCCCCUCUCAGCUGCUAAGCCCCUGCCAGGCAGUUCUGCUGUACCAGCAGUUCUACAUCCUCAAGAGCUGCCUGCGGUACAGCAGGACUCUGGCCGAGCACAUCAGGAGUGACCACAGUGAAGAAUUCAGGUAUUUUAUUCACCUUCAAGCCUUGAAGAAGAGACUUCCACUGCACUACCCUAUUACACAGCCAACCACUCAACUUUUUCUUGAAGUUCUGAAAUUGGUUGAACAGAAACAAUAGGUACAAUGUUAACAAGAGAAUAAAAUGUUAACUGGAACACAAUAGUUAGAAGAAACUUUUUAAAAAAUAUCCAGCUCCUGAAGAAGCAGGAGAUUUAUUUCAAAGAUUUAUUUAAAGAUUUUAUUUGAAUGCUCCGUCAAUACCUAAGGUCUGUAAAGUUUUUUACCUGCUAAAGGAGAAAAAAAACACUGUCUGAAUUCUUUUUGACAUAUAUAAACUGGUGCUAAAAACUAGUGUUUCUCCAGAAAGAAAAGUUUCUAAAAACAUGGGGAAAAACCCCAAAAACAGAAACUAUAAAGGGAACAGAAGCCUUGGGAGAACACAUACACAUACAGGAAAUAUGAUCCGGUGGCCAAAUACCCAGCUCAUUAACUAAUUUAAUACAACAAAUAACUUAACCUUGGUAUCACUAUGAGCUAUUGAAUUUGGACUUCUAAGAACCUGGGAACUGGACUCUCGAACUUACUGUGAUUUGAUGAAAAAUCAGAAAGAAAUCCGUCUCCCAAGAAAGAGCUCCUAGGGCAGAUUUGCCUGUGUUGUGCAGUUUAACUAUCGUUACAGAGUUUGUUAAGGAAGCUUGGCAGAUUCUUAUUAUUAAUUGGUUCUGCAAUACAUAUUUAAAUAAGUUAUUUUAUGUUUUGCCGAUAAAUUUUAUACUGAUGUUUACUGAUUUUCCAAGAUAUUAUUUCUUAGAUUUUGAUAUUUAUAUAGCUGUACAUACACACUAGGUGGAAACACACCUAUGACGAGUGUGAGACUUUGUGUGAAAAUUGUACACAUGCACACCCCGCUAGCUGCCUGACUCCCUGGGCUGAGGGGGUGGCUGGUGGUUCUGCCCUGCCCCGCCUCCUGGAUGCGUGUAGCCGCUCUCUAGCCUCACUUUGCUGGGCCCCCUGGAGCUUUCGGAAGACCUUCACCCCGCCAGCAACACAAGUUCCUGUGGUUUACAAGCCCUCAAGUGCUCGUUUUGUUAGCACAGUAUUUAAUGCAUAAAGACAGGAUUAUUAAGAUUUUUCAAAGAGUACGAACAUAAAUGCAGCGCUGACUUUUAAAACUAAAAGAAUCGGCAUAAUGUUAACUUUUACAGAUAACGCUCGGAUACACUGGGAAACUUUUUGUUCACAGAUUGUCUUGUUUACAAACUGCCUAAUAAAAAUUGCGUUUCUUUAUGA